CGCGGAUUACAUUUUCGCUAGGAAAAAUUUACUUCAAAUAACCUCAGGAUCACUCCAUUUUCGUAUUGCGACACAUUUUUGGAACACCUUGUAUAUUUAUGUACCAACUUGAACACAAAAGCUUUUUCAGUACUGAUUACAGCUAACGAAAGAAUUACUUAGGCCAAUUUAUUCAACAAGACUGUACUAGAAAGUUUACAAACACUGAUUACAGUGCUUAUUCUAACAAGAGGGAAUCCCCUUAUUAUAAAGUAUUCAACAUACGUUGUACAAUGACAAUCGAAUCCAAGUAUCAUCAUUUGUGUGCAGAAUUUGUAUCUGUUGCUCAAUUACAUGUCGACGAUAAAAUAUUCGAUGCAAUCAAGGAUUAUUAUAAGACUUAUAUAAAUUCAAAGCGUAAAUUAAGUCAAAUUAAAGAUUUGAAUGCAUUAAUGAAAAUAUUAGAAAAACGAGAUACUCUUAGUUAUGACAAUAUUGAACCUCUUGUUGAUAUUUCAAAUAAUUUUUUAAAAGAAUCUCAUAUACACACUUUAAUAAAGGAUUAUAAAUCUUAUCUUGAGAACACAGAGUAUUCAAAAUUUUGUGGCAUGUACAAAGAUGAAAAUGAACAUGAAUCAAAACCAACACAAAAAACUCAAGUACCUACGACGCAGGAAAAACAUCAAAUUAGUGAAUCUAAUACAUCAUCACAAAAAUAUUCAAAAAAUCUCAGAUCUUAUUCAGCACAAGAAGAAACACUUCAAGAAAUGGUUUUGUUACAAAUUAGUGAAAAAAUUGGACGUUCUUGGAGAGACACAGUUCGAUAUUUGGGUGUUCCUGAGUAUCAAGUAGAUAUCAUUCAAAAUAAAUAUCCUUUUGAUAUAAAAGAACAAAGUUAUAAGUAUUGUAUUGAUGAUUGGAAACUGAAGUUAAUACAUGCAUUAGAAAAAGCAAGGCGUAGAGAUCUCAAAGAACUGGUUGAAAAAUUAAUUAUAUCAAAACAGAUAUAAAAUAAAUUAGGAGAAAACAAUUAAA